CAUUGUUUGACAUUCUAAAAUGCUUGUGUUAUCAGUGGACUGUUAGGCUUAAUUUUUCGUAUUAUAUUUAGUUGAUGUGAAUAAAGAUUGAAUAAAAGUUAAUAAUGGAUUUCCAAAACAGACCUGGAGGAAAGACCGGUGGAGGCGGGGUCGCCUCUUGGUCAGAAACUAACAGGGAUCGCAGAGAAAGGCUUCGACAACUUGCUUUAGAAACUAUAGAUUUACAAAAGGAUCCCUAUUUUAUGAAAAACCACUUGGGAUCAUACGAAUGUAAACUUUGUUUGACGUUGCACAACAACGAAGGUAGUUACUUGGCCCACACUCAGGGUAAAAAACAUCAGGCUAAUUUAGCUAGGAGAGCAGCCAAAGAGGCUAAAGAUGCACCUACGCUUUUGCAACCAGAGAAACCCAGAGUAGAACCUAAGAAGUUUGUGAAGAUUGGUCGACCUGGUUACAGAGUAACUAAGCAAAGAGAUGCUGAAAGUGGACAACAGAGUCUUUUGUUCCAGAUUGAUUAUCCAGAAAUAAGUGAUAUGAUUCUACCUCGUCACCGUUUUAUGUCAGCUUAUGAACAAAAAAUCGAACCCCCAGAUCGUAAAUGGCAGUAUCUCCUUUUUGCAGCAGAACCUUAUGAAACAAUUGCCUUCAAAGUACCAAGCAGAGAAGUAGAGAAAACUGACAGCAAAUUUUGGACUCAUUGGAACAAGGAUACUAAGCAAUUUUUCUUACAAUUUGCAUUUAAAAAUGACAAUAAAAGGACUGUUAAUACAGUGGUCCAAAGACAUACAAUUGUUGGUGCAGCACCACCACCCCCAAUGCUGCCAGUUCCACCACCACCAAGACCACCAAUGUUUAAUCCUAUUCCUCCACCACCACCAAUAAUGAGAACUGUAUUACCAGUGCCUCCCCCACAUUAAUUAUGUUA